AUGUCUGAGUAUGAGCCGAAAUAUGUUGUUGUCAACACGGUGGAAGAAGCCGAAAAGCUAGUGACUAAGUUUGAAAUAGACACAGUCACUAAAUUUACAAUAUUUAGGCGAAAUAAAGGAUUUAGUCAUGAUCUGGAUUUUAAUAGGUUGCUUUGGGAGGACAAGGGACAAAAGGAGGGUGUUAAAGUACCCUGUAAUGGCACACCAUUCAUUAUUCUUGGUUUUGAUGUCAGAGAAUGUCACUUUGGGCCAGACAGAAAUACAAUGAAAAAGAAGAAGUACCAAAUGGAGAAGACCAUAGAAGCAGACCAAGAUCAUUCUUAUACACAAAAGAGCAGGACUUUGGUACAAAACACAAAAAUUGAUUGCCCUGCCAGAAUUUAUAUGAAAAAGAUAUGUAAAUUUCCUGAUUAUAAGAUCCUUGGUCAUGAUUCUAUCUGGAAGAGAAAACACCAAGCGCAGAAGUUGAAGAAGGCUCUUUCCGCAAAUGAAGAUGUGCACAGGGAAAAGGAAAUUCACAUUUUUUUCCCAGGAAUUGAGAGCCACAAAAAUCAUUUGACAGGACAGCUUGCAGGUAUUUGUCUACCAAUCGACAAUACCAUCAAGGAAAAAAUAUCACAUCUGAUGGAUGAAGGAGUGUCUAAAGUUUCAGAAAUGAGACGUCACAUCAAGUCAUUUAGCAGGAAGGAACUUAGAAUGACUGAUGAAGAAAAUCGACGCUUCUUUCCAUUGGAUAAAGAUAUUAGAAAUCUAAUGAAUUCUUUAAAGGAACAGACACGACACUGUACAUGA